AUGGCGGCAGACUCUGACGGCACAGCAGCAAGGGCGGUGGAACCACCCACGGCGACGAGGAUACCCUCAACUACAACUGUGGUAGCAGCGGCGAUGGAAGGGCAGCGUUGCUUCCUCGUGACUCAUCCCUUUCCCUCUUCUCUGUUCGCAGCUUCAACGGCGACAGCAAGGGACGGGUUCGACAACGGCGACGAGACGGGCUGGUCGGCGACAAGGAGGACGGCGGCCCCACGCUCGGCGAUGGUGGCAGCGGCGAUGGCUUCCCCGCAGUGGCUCCCUUUCGUGCAUCUCCUCUCUUCCUGUGCGCGAGCUCAGCAGCGGCGAGACAGAGAGGCGCGGCGCUCUUCCCCCUCCUCGGUCAGACGGCGACAUGGUGGUGGUGCAACCCAGUACACCGGCGCGACUUCUUCCCCUUCCCUUCCCCUUCUCCGUGACCAACAGUGCUUCCAUGAAGAGAGAAUAGAGGGAAGGGUAUGCCAAAUUAAGGAGGACGGCGGCCCCACGCUCGGCGAUGGUGGCAGGCGGCGAUGGCUUCCCCGCAGUGGCUCCCUUUCGCGCAUCUCCUCUCUUCCUGUGCGCGAGUUUAGCGGCGGCAAGACAGAGAGGCGCGGUGCUCUUCCCCGUCCUCGAUCAGACGACUGUGGCAGUGAGACCAGCACGCCGGCGCAGGUCUUCCUCUCCUCCUCCCUUCUUCCGCGACUCAGUCUCCAUUUCUCUCUGAUUUUUGGCUUCUGUUCCUUUCCUUUCAUGGAGAAAGAGGAAAGGAAACCAUGUGCUGCUGUCAGUGAUCUUUGCAUAUAUAAAAUGACUGGAAAUCUUUAUCAGCGAAUUGAAACGGAAUGUGAAGCACAUAUAUCUACAGCUUUGCAGUCUUUGGUUGGACAAAGCCCAGAUUUGGUUGUUUUUCUAUCUCUAGUUGAGAGAUGUUGGCAGGAUCUUUGUGGCCAAAUGUUGAUGAUUCGGGGUAUAGCCUUGUAUCUGGAUAGGACAUAUGUGAAGCAAACAGCAAAUGUACGGUCCUUAUGGGACAUGGGCUUACAACUUUUCAACUAACAUCUUUCAUUAUCUCCUGAAGUUGAACACAAAACUGUUACCGGUCUUCUAAGAAUGAUUGAAAGUGAAAGGUAAAUCCUUAUGUUACAAUCCUAAUCUUAUAAAUGAAUGUCAGACCU